GAAAGCCGAGACAAUGAGCAGGAGGGAGACAGCGAACAGAAGCCAGGAAUGAAGAAGGAAUGGCCGAACCCAAACCAACGGUGAAACUCGACCCGGGAGCCAGUCACUCCCCCCCGCUAGCACUGCGGGUUUACUGGAAUGGACAAGGACUCGCUGAUCAGUGGGACCCAAGCACCACACGGCUACCAAGCCGGCAGCCGCCAGUUCCCCACGUCAGACAAUCAUCUGCCACGCACCCUUCGAUGGCACGACAACCGCCUAGGCCUGCACCCGAUUGACUCGACCGUCUAAUGUACCCCUGGCACCCCUGCAGCUAUAUCCACUAGACUUUGCUGCGGUACUAUAUUGCCAGUUCAGUCGGCGACUGGCGCGGAUGGCGAAGGGAUCGAACUUGUGAGAGAAUGAGGCCGACGAUGGAAACUG